AUGGAAAUGGAAUCACUGCUGCCUAAGCAAACUAACAAUGGUGGAAUUAAGCAAUACUUGAGAAGAAGGCAGCACAAGCACCUAGAAGGGAGUGGGAGAAAAAUGAAGAUCAUAAGGUUAAAAAGAAGCCCACGUAAGUUUUGGAGGAUCAAAACAAUCCCAAGGCUUAGAUGGGUGAUUAAAUCACCAUUGAAAAUGUUGACAAAUUUUAAGAAGGGUUAUAUGAACUUUAUGUUAAAAUCUUUGAACACUGAUAACAUCUUUGGUGGGAAACAGAUUCCAAAGGCUCCUCAAGUUUCUAAGGAUUAUGCCAGUGAUGCGUUGGAGGUUAAGCUCAUAUAUGAGAUUUCAAAGGCUUUGAUGGCUUCUCAUGAACUAUUUCCCAUGUAGUAACAUGUAAUUCUCUUUUUAAUUUAAUAUGAUUUUUCAUGUUUUCUUCA